AUGGAGACGACACCCCGGGAGCUGCGGAAACUCAAGGGCCCACAAGGUGUCCAAAAGUCCACCGCUAGUCACAGUCACAGUCACAACCAAGACAAAAGAAUGGCCUGUCAAGCCUGCUACGAACGGAAAAAGCGCUGCAUUCCCGCACCGCCGUAUCACAGAUGUAAAUACUGCUGCCAGGAGAAUCAGAGAUGUGUACCUCGAGAACGCGUAAAUCGCGCUGUCGACGAAGGUGAAGUUAAGACUCGGAAGAACCAGAUCCAGAAUACACUCGAUUCGCAAUUCCCCCGAAACGCAUAUAACCUACCUUUACCACGUGGUAUCGAUCACGAAAUUCCCCGAUGGGCCGCCGUGUAUUCGAUGUUUGCGGAGGUUAUGAAUUUGAUUCCGCCCGAGGAGGAGGAUGAUGAUGAUGAUGAUGAUGCGUCAACGGAAAAUUCGAAUACCGAAGAAGACAGUAGCACCACCGGAGACCAAGGAGAUAAUAAUGCGGUGGAUUCAGCUGCGCCGGAAAUCUUGAAUGCCCUCGGACUGCCCGCACAAAAUAUGGCAACUGGGCGAUCGUGUGACUUUUCUCCACUCGAUAAAGACUUUCAAAUACCGGCUUCAGGACACUUUCAUGAGGGAUUUACGAUGUAUGAUAUGGAUGCACUUUUGAGGUUUUGA